AUGGUGCCAAUGUGUGGGGCCAAAGUGUAUGGUGAUCUGAGGGAAACUGGGAAGAACGAGGCAUUUACUGAACCUCCACACACCCCUACAAGAGUGAGGAAGGGAUCCAACUCCAUGAGGCAUCUCAAGAAUUCCUGGGGCUCAGGAGAGCAAAGUUAUCUUCCCUCACAACUGCUGAUGGCACACAGUGUGACUGUGGGCCUGGGGCAGUGCAGGAGCAGUAUAAAAGCAGGACCUUCUUUUCACUCUCUCAUCCACUCUUUACAGCUCCAUCACACCGGGAACAAGGUGCAUCUGCAGCCCCAAGACAUGUCCUGCUACACCCCGUGCCAGCCCUGCCAGCCCUGCGGCCCCACCCCGCUGGCCAACAGCUGCAACGAGCCCUGUGUCAGGCAGUGCCAGGACUCCACCGUCAUCAUCGAACCCUCGCCCGUGGUGGUGACCCUGCCCGGCCCCAUCCUCAGCUCCUUCCCACAGAACACCGCCGUGGGAUCCUCCACCUCAGCUGCUGUUGGCAGCAUCCUCAGCUCUCAGGGAGUGCCCAUCAACUCUGGGGGCUUUGGCCUCUCGGGCUUGGGCAGUGGCCUCUGUGGCACGAGGUGCUUCCCCUGCUGAAGCUGCUCCCUGCACUGUGGCCUCCACCUGCAUCCCCCUCUUUUGACUCAUUAAA